GAGAUGGCGUUGGAUUUGAGUUUGGCUGGGAAGGUGGUCGUCACCACUGGCAGGACAUUUGUGUAGAAACUCAUGAACAUGAACGACCUUUACACGGAAGUGCGCAGGGAGAGAUAAAUGGUGCACAUGUUUAACUACGUGCUCUUCAAGUCGGAGCACAGGGAACGACGCAAAUGGAAAGACGGAUUCUUCAUCGGGUACGAUGAUAUAAUGGGGAAAUUUGGACUGAACGGGUUGACAAAGGAAAAGUGGGAGAAGAAGAAGACAAAACUCCCGGUUGAGAGAUUGAACAAUGUGUCGAAACGCUUGGGCGGUGUCGAUGAGGGGAAGUUGGGAGACGAGAAUGUGGGGGGGUACAAGGUGACGACUGAGAUGCACAUGGAGUGUCCUUACUUUCUCAAACUGUUCCUGCAUGAGAUAGUGGGAUCAGUCAACCAAUUGAAGGACGAGCUUCAACGCGUCAGCGCAAACGCGCUGCACAUACUCAGGGAUAAGAGGAAGUGUAAUACGACAUAUCUCCCUGUCUGCAUGGGGCCUUUGGAUGGGCUCCAGCCAACAGAGGACUUCACUCGUGCCGUGAAGAAGUUGAGUUGCCACCUUGCGGUGCUGGAUUUGGGUCCCAGCAAGAGUCUUGAUUUAUGGACGGACCAACGGUUUGUCGAGCUUCAGCAUUUGAUGAAGGUUCUAUGCGGGACACAUUGGGCACUCGUUAUUUUCUGCGGGCUGAAAUCCGAGGACUCAAUUUUGAGGAGCAUCUUCAGGUGGGGGGAUGUGAAGGUUCUCCCGAGCCGCUGGAGGCGGCAUCACGGUACUCAGUCAUCCUCGUGUGUCCCGCUUGGAAAUCUUCCAUUGAGGAGUCGGGACUCCAUGACAAUUGUGUUGCACGACGCAGGCAAUGACUUCAAAAAAGUCAUGGUCCCAUCCAAGCGUGACAAUAAGCUCUUCGAUACAAACUUUGAGGAGGAGAUGUUUGUGAGGUGCACACAGCAACACAUCGGCGUGGACGACGGAGACAGAGCUGUUUAUGGUGCUUGGGGGAGAGAGCCGGCGAAGAUCAAAGAGUUGUGUUCAUGGUUUUCGAAGGAAGGGGAGGGUGUGCUCCUUCUGGGCAACGUCCAAGCUGGCUUAGUUUGGUACUUACUUUGGUCUAACUGUCAUGUUGUGGCAUGCGAAGGUUCCUUCACCAUGCUCGAGUACUGUUCCGCGUUUAUUGAUCGUCUCGUUAACAGUCCCGAUAGCUGUUGUCACUUCGAGAGGCCGAAGACUCAGCAUCGCCCGGACCGAGAUAUGUUUCUGAAACUGGGAAAGAAGAGAGAGUCUUUGUGGAAGUACUUGUUCUGCAAUACUCCGGAUAAGCGGACAGAGACAGAUUAUGUUGCACGCAAAGUCAUCGCUCUCCGACAUCUCCAGCGAUACCACGAUGCCAAAAUUGGUGCAAUCGAGAUUUUCUUGGCACGUUGUGAAAACUUGUGGUUCGACAGAAAAAUGGACCGCAUUGAUGCAAAGACUUAUAACGAAGCCUUGGAGCCUGAAGACCGUUUCGAUUUGAUGGACAGAGAGGAAAUUAUCAGCGAAAAGGUGAACUCCCUCUUCGAAUCACUGUUUGAAAACGAUUAUCUAGAGUACUGUGCAGCGUUGUACGAAAGAAAAUCAAGCCCUUCAAGGGGACUGAUCAAAUGGACGAUGGAGUGUCGUGACACGGAACAUCUCUACGACAGUAACAUAUUGGUGUCGUGCAGUCAACCCUUGGAAGAGAACGUCAUACAUAAAAAGAAUCUAGAUGGGACAAGCGGAGGACCCAGUAAGUACAGUAUUGCUCGCAAGGAAGGGCUUAAGAGGAGGAAUGAUGAACCUGAAGAAGAGGCUACUUGCACAACGUCACUUAAUGACUUGCAAAAAGUCGUGCUUCCAAAGGGCGUCAGUGCCAUGCCAGGGGGAAAGGUAGACGGAUCGGAGUGCGGCAGGGAAUCUGUGAAGGAAAGAGCGGAACGGAGGAAGGAGGAGGCAGCAACCGACGACGUCGUGCAUAGCACUGCACAACCUCAGGGACUCUCACAACAGAAUGCAAUGCAAACAACAGCAGCCGGAAAAGACAAAACGGCAGGUACGCAGAGUCAUGGGAAUGUCGCAGUGACCCGCGAAGAUGCGCAGACGGAUGACAUAUUGUCGGCCAAGUUGCGUGACAAAACCGAAGACACCAACCGCUCUGCCAACGAAGAGACUUUGCCACUUGUGAAUUGCAGUGCAAUGGACAACAAUGCAGGACCUGCAACAGUAUGUCAGAAGGCAAUCUUGCAUGACACAGGGAGGGGGGCCACACAUCCACACAUGGAAUGCACCGGUUCCGGCUCGCAGAUAGCUACUGACACAAUGGAGAUGGAAGAUGGUGGUGGUCCAGAUGGAGUUUGUACAACAGCCGGGAAUGAAGGGGGUCACGAUGUGUCGAAGGCCGAGGCGCUAGCGAUGAUCGAACAGGUCAUGGGCAUGGACGAGGAGGAUGGAAUGGGAAAGGAAGCUUCCUGUCGUGACGAAUCAGAUGAUAAAGGCAACCAUGUGAUCGACUUGAUCGAACAAUCAGGUGAGCAGGGAGAAAUGUCGAACAGCGAAGGAAAAACGUUGCCAUCACCGCAGCCGGAACAAAUGGAGCGUGCCUUUCAUAAUUGCUAUGGAGGCGAACACAACUGUGUACAUGGCUGGACUAUUCACUUAGCAAUGGACGUUGUGUAUGAGACUGAGGAAGAAGCAUUACGUCACAUGAGCAUAGAGCUGAAUAAUAUGAAAACCUUAGCAACCACGACGAAUGAAGCCACGGGGGAGCGGCUGUUAUUCAUAGUGCAUGACUUCAGCGUCCUCAUGCAUGAGAACGAGUGGUUGAACGACAACAUUGUGAAUUUCUACAUGAAACUCAUUCUGCAUGACAACAAUUGCAUAAAGUUUCAUCGCGAAUGUGAUACUUCCUUUGACAAGUCAAAUGCAUGUGGAGCAAGCACGGUCCCUGUCACCGCUGCGUAUAGCUCAUACUUUUUCGCUAAGUUGUUAGGGAAAAACAUGGAAUAUAGCUACGAGAGAGUUGCUAGGUGGUUUCGAGAUGUAAUAAUAGCAGACACGGAGUUGAUUCUAGCUCCGUAUCACGAUAUAAAACGGAAACACUGGACCCUUUUGGUAGCCGACCGUCGACGACAUGUCAUAGAGUAUUACGAUUCGAUGGACACGAACAUCGAGUUUGCUAAAGAGUUGACAGGGCACUUCGCAAGCUUUAUAGUACAGCGCUCGACUCAGCAAGGAAGACCUGUAGACAUAUCAUGCUUCGAACAUAAUUGUCUCGUGGACGACAUUCCGAAACAAGAGGACGCAUAUCAGUGCGGAGUGUUUAUGCUCACUUAUGCAUCUCUUCUGGCUAGAGGCAAGGUGUCACCAUUCCAUUUCUCAAUGAAGGACAUCCAGGGCAUUAGACGAAGGAUCGCCAUAGACUUGAUAGCUUCGUAACUUGUAGUAUAUCCGGUGAACUUCUUUGUAAUCUUUUUGUUUUUUUCGUGUUGUACAUUACUGAUAACGCUAUAGUGUUU